AUGGCACACUUGGGAGACGAGAACCUGUCCCAUAUUGAGUUACAGUCUCUACCCUCAACGACGGAGGUUGCAGAAGGUGCACAAAAUCCUAAACAUCACGGGAGAAGGUUGAACAGCGAGACUGUCUCGCUUAUCAACGACGAAGGCGACAGCCAAGACCACGAUGAGAUAUCUACGAAACCUACCGGUCUGCUAAUUCGAGAUACCGCUCUGCCAACACCCGCAACCGAUCCAAAGGACGUACGCAAUGGCCAGUCCAACGCCUUUGUGGCUUGGGGCCUCGAGUUGGCAGUCCUCCUCCUUGCGUUUGGUGUCUUUGGGGCUAUGAUUGCCAUUUUGCAAUCGUUUAGAGACGGAGAGGUGCCCAGAUGGAACGGCACUAGUAGUGGAGGCAUCACGCUCAACGCGCUGAUUGGCGUUCUCGCCACCAUCUUCCGUGCAUCUCUGGCCUUCGUAGCAUUCGAAGUGCUCGCCGAGUUGAAAUGGGAAUGGGUGGCAGCGCGGUUCAGGCCAUUGAACGACGUGCAGCGUUUCGAGGACGCUACUCGCGGUGCCUGGGGAUCCAUGAUGCUUCUGCCGGUUGUCACGAUACGGCAACCGCUCAGUAUAAUCGCCGUCAUUGUGGUCGUUCUGUCCGUAGCCGUUGGGCCCUUUGCUCAGCAGGCUAUGCAGACAUACUACUGCCUACGAAUUGCGGAAGACCGGCCUGCUAGCGUCCAAGUGGCCCAUCGGCUCGAUACUGGCCGUCUUUUCUACGCUCAGCGACCAUCUUACUAUGUGCUUCAUGUUGGCCUGCAGGCUGCAAUGCAAGAUGCCGUGGUCAACCCCUCAAACGACUCCAACAUUCCCUCGAUGUUUCAGUGCCCGACUGGCAACUGUACUUUUCCUACCUACGCCGACCGCCCAGAGCAGGCCGAAGAGGAAAGGGCGUCUUAUGCAAGUCUUGCGAUGUGUGGACGCUGUGAAGAUGUCUAUGACCUGGCGUUGACGAACAUUAAGGAGCAGGCAGGGAAUGACACUGGCAGUAUCUAUAUCCAGUUGCCAGUCUCAAACUCGACCGGGUACCAGAGCAAAAUGACGGAUAAGCUCCAGGUGAACCCUGGUGGCCCGGUCGGCUCAAAUGUCUCGUAUCUGGACGCCGCAGUUGUUGGUGACCUCGGUUGGGCUAGUCGGGUUGUGCCACAGGACUUUUUGGAUGUUGCCAGCGGUUCCGCUGCCAAUUUUUCGAUAUUGGCCUUAUCACAAGACCACUGUGGCACGCUUGCUAAUGGCAGCAUCUCAUGUCCGCUGUCUGGUGCAAAAGUCAUGUCACUAUUCAACGGGGCCUGGGGCAAGCCCAAAGACUACGUCGCAGCGGCUUGCACGCUGUAUCCGUGUAUCAAGUCCUACGCGGGUACCGUCCAGAACGGAGCUCUCUCUGAGACGGUCGUCCGGUCCACGCCGGUUCGUAUGACAGACCGUGACGAGUGGUGGAAGCGAAAUAGCGUCCAGGUCCCAUGCAUGGCGAACGGCACGCUCUACACUUCUUCAAACAUGUCCUCCGCGGCUGAAGAGCUGCCUACCAGUGCCAAACAAAAUGUCUCUAUAGAUCUCAAGUAUUGGCCGCAUGAUGGCCAUGUCGUCACGGUUGGUGAGGCUAACGUGACGGCCCCACGGGACUGCAUCAUGUCCGUCGUCGAUAGCUUCCUGGGCGCGGUUCAUGAUGUGCUGGUAAAGACAACACGAGUGAAGUGCCUGCCACAAGGCCAUCAGGUAGAAACUGCCAGCUGCUUUGCGGUCGAAGGAGACAAGUUGAUGACGGGCGACGAUUCGAUCGCAAUGGCUGGCUUCCUACACCCUCGCGUUACCAACCUGAAUACCAUCAGAGAGAAUGUUGAGUCGUUGAGCAUGCGGAUAACGACUCAGAUACGCCAGUCCGGCUGGGGCCCGUACACUGAAGAUCCGGUGGUCGUUCAGGGAGAGGCGUGGGAGAGCCGUACGUGCCUCCAUGUGGCAUGGGAGUGGUUCGCCCUCCCGGCGACGUUGCUGGUCCUCUGCACACUGCUGGUGGCGGGGAUGGUAAUAAGAGAUUUGCAAGUGAGUGGUGAUAGCAUAGUGUGGAAGGGCUCGGUUUUGCCGUUCUUACUCAAAGACCAUGUUAAAGGUCUGGAAAUGUCGAGCCUCAAGACGCUCAAUGUGGCAGCCAAGGAUUUUGAGAUCAAAUUGCAGAAGGCAGACUAG